AUGGUUAGCGACAACUUGUCCGCAGUACUUCACGGAGUUGACGACAUUCGUCUUGAACAAAGGGAAAUCCCAACACCUACGGCUAAUCAACUGCUGAUCAGAGUUCAUACGGUGGGCAUAUGCGGCUCAGAUGUUCACUAUUGGACCCACGGAGCCAUUGGCAAUUUCGUUGUCAAGGAGCCAAUGGUACUCGGACAUGAAACUAGUGGUACUGUAGCAAGUGUAGGUAGCCAAGUGAGAGGAUUUACAGUUGGUGAUCGCGUUGCAAUAGAACCGGGACUUCCAUGUCGACAUUGUAUGCACUGCAAGACCGGCAGAUACAAUCUCUGUUCUGAAAUGAGAUUCUUCGCAACACCACCUAUUGAUGGAUCUUUGGCACGGUACAUUGUUCAUGAUGCGGAUUUCUGUUACAAACUGCCCGACAAUGUGACCUUCGAAGAAGGAGCUCUCUUGGAACCACUCUCAGUUGCUGUCCACGCCUGUCGAAGAUCUGGAGUUCAAAUGGGUCAACGGGUUCUGAUUCAAGGAGCAGGUCCUAUUGGUACGCUCUGCAUGAUGACAGCAAAAGCAUUGGGUGCUGCUGAAGUCGUCAUCACAGAUCUCAUACAAGAACGUCUUGAUCUGGCAAAGAAAUUGGGAGCCAUGCACGCAAUUUGCGUCAAGAACAAAUCGCCGGCCCAAGUCCGAGAAGAGGUUAUCAGUGCUCUGGGAACUGAGCCGGAUGUUACCUUGGAAUGCACUGGGGCACAGCCAUCAAUCGAGUCAGCAAUUCUGUGUACCCGCUCGGGAGGGGUCGUUGUGUUGGUUGGACUUGGAGCGUCACGAAUCGAAUUGCCUGUAGUGGAGGCUGCUGUACGUGAAGUCGACCUCAGAGGAGUAUUCAGAUAUGUGAACUGCUAUCCUACCGCCCUCAACCUUGUCGCCUCUCAGACAAUCGAUUUAUCCGGGCUCACGAGGGCCCACUACACUCUUGAGGACACUCUGAACGCCUUCAAACGUGCUCAGAAGGCUGACGUCAUCAAGGUGUUUAUUGCCUGUGAUAAAUAA